UGUUGUCUCAACAUCUCUAUCCAAUGCCUCCAAAAUUCACAAACCCACAAGAAACAACACUACCCUUAACUUAUAUUUUGAGAAUUUAGGAAAAAGAUCAUACCUUUACCUUCUCCUUCUUCGUUUUUUCUGGUAAAUUUUGAAGAGUUGCAGAGAAAAGAUCAUUCAUUUUCUCUCUCUUUGGUCAUCAAUGGCGUCAAGGAAGCUCUUUUAUGGGAAACCGAGUUACAUUUAUCCAUACCCAGAAACAGAAACUUCCCAAAACGACCAUAAUCUCUUCGACUUCGACGAAUCCGAUCUCUAUAACCAUGACAAUCAAUUUCCCACUUCGUUCGACGCUAAAAAGCCGAUACCCAUUUUGCGAUCGUCGAGAAAACCGGCGAAAACCGCCGAUUCCGCCUCCGGUAACCGGAAAACCAAACCCACCUCCGGUUCGCUACCGGUUAACGUCCCUGACUGGUCGAAGAUUCUGAAGAGCGAAUACAGGUGCCGGUGUAAGAGAGACGGCGACGACUACGACGACGACGAUGACGAAGACGGCGGCGGAGGCGGAAGGGUGAGAACUCCGCCGCAUGAGUAUUUGGCGCGGCGGAGAGGAUCUUCGUUUUCGGUGCACGAAGGGAACGGUCGGACUCUGAAGGGAAGAGAUCUAUGGAGGGUGAGGAACGCGAUCUGGGAGAAGACUGGGUUUCAGGACUAACGUAAUUGUUAAUAUAAUUAUUAGUUAUAAAACAUAAUUAAUAAUUUUGGCUUAUAUAUUUAUAUAGAUGUGAUUUAACUAGCUGGAUUGAGUUUUUGUCUGAGUUCAUAUUUUUACGGAUUCGAAAGGGCGAUUUUGGUUU